UGUGUGUGUGGCGGGUUGGGACGGUUAGGACGAGUUUCUAUAUCUCCCGCUCAGUUGCUCAGUCAGUCAGUGCUAGGUGCAGGAGAGAAGAGUAGACCCACGCUUCAGACAUAAACAAAGAGACUCAACACGUUUCCAGACUUCAGGUUUGCAAACAGUUGAUGUUUCAACCAGUCAAUUCUCCUUUCUCCUCCAGUCUUAUGGAUAAGCGCAAAGUCAGCAUGAUGCAACCAGGGAAAAGAACCAGAAUGGAUUCAGGAUCUAUCAGAGGACCUAUCCCUAACGGACCAAUGCAUUCCCGACCCUUGGUCGCCCUACUUGAUGGUCGUGACUGUUCUGUCGAGAUGCCCAUACUCAAGGAUGUCGCUACUGUCGCCUUCUGUGACGCUCAGACAACAACAGAAAUCCACGAAAAGGUUUUGAAUGAAGCAGUUGGGGCGCUAAUGUGGCACACAAUACAGCUAAACAAGGAGGAUUUGGAGAAAUUCCGAGCACUACGGAUUGUUGUCCGAAUUGGAAGUGGGUUCGACAAUAUUGAUGUUAAGUCUGCCGGUGAGAUGGGUAUUGCUGUGUGUAAUGUACCAGGAUAUGGUGUAGAGGAGGUUGCAGACACAACCUUGUGUCUGAUCCUGAACUUAUAUCGUCGGACCUACUGGCUCGCUAACAUGGUGAAAGAAGGGAAGAAGAUAACUGGACCAGAGCAACUAAAAGACGCGGCAUUUGGGUGCGCGAGGAUUCGCGGAGAUACGCUCGGAAUAGUUGGACUAGGUCAGUUUACUUUAAACCAAACACUCGGAAUAGUUGGACUAGGACGGAUUGGUUCAGCUGUGGCGCUUCGUGCCAAGGCCUUCGGGUUCAACGUAAUUUUCUACGACCCCUACCUCUCCGACGGUAUCGAGAAGUCCCUGGGCCUUGAACGAGUUUACACACUACAGGAUUUGUUGUUUAAAAGUGAUUGUGUAUCUCUGCACUGCUCCUUGAACGAACAUAAUCAUCAUCUUAUUAACGAGUAUACAAUCAAACAAAUGAGACCAGGAGCUUUCCUCGUAAAUACUGCUCGCGGAGGUUUAGUGGAAGAGUCUGCGCUUGGUUCCGCGCUGAAGGACAACAGAAUUCGCGCAGCAGCUAUUGAUGUGCACGAACAUGAGCCUUACAACAUAUUCUCAGGAGCUUCACCACUGAAAGAUGCUCCCAAUCUUAUUGUGACCCCUCAUGCCGCAUUCUACAGUGAAGCGGCGGCCAUAGAACUACGGGAGAUGGCGGCAAGCGAGGUCCGGCGCGCUAUCGUUGGUCGAAUCCCUGAUACCCUCCGUAACUGUAUUAACAAGGAAUACUUCACGACCACAAGUACACUACCUGAGGGUAUGAAUGGAUCAGGAUACUACACAAGCCUACCGCCGGUUCAACAAGCACAUUCCACUACACCUCAUGACACCCCUCAUAGUGUUAGUGUGACAGGUGCCCCUCCAGGCCCUCUUCCACCAGUAUCUAUGCCCCCUGGCCUACCUAUUGUUAGAACUGAUCUCCAGGCCGGAUUACAGAAGUCUGUUGAUAUGAGAGUUUUUGAAGAGAGAAAUGUUACAGGAGGUAACUCAGCAUGAUCAGACACUCAAAUCCGACCCUCAUCAUCCAGAUUAGAAGACCCCGACACUCAAAUCCGACCCUCAUUAACCCGUCUAGAAGAUUCAACACAACUCUCUACACCCCGAUUCGGAGAUUUGACACUCUCAUCGGAAAAGUUUCUGUAAAGGACUAAUCAAAUAUAAGUGUCGGUCGCUUGUUUGUUACAAAAUAUAGGUGUGCACGUGCAUUAGCUUAAACUGAUGUACAUGUUUCACUUACAUACGUGCAUGUACAACAAUGGACAUGAUGUGUGAUUGUGCGUUGUACAUAAAUUAGUCCUUUUUGUGACUUUCUAAGUACAAAUAUUCUAUUGAGAAAAAAAAGCUUAUUUAUCAAAUAGUAUAUUCUCAUUUUUUGAAACUAAAUAUUUGAAAAAUUUGUUCCUCUGAAAAGUUGAGCUGAAAGUCCCAGACACUGUUAAAAGCUUUGAUUCGAUACAGGUUUUAAAACCCCCCCCAAUCAGGCCUGUAAAUGGCCAUUUAUAGAGUAGUGCGGAGAAAACAGCUUUUUGUAAGAACCAAAGUUUCUCUGCAUCCUUUCUAAAGCCAAAUAAGUGGUAUUUUUAUCUUAUUUCGACACCUCCCCCCUCAUGUUAAUUUUGAGAUCAAUUAAAUGUUUUAAA